AUGUUGUUCAGUAGCAAAGCAAUUCUUGCCCUCGUCACAUCCACGUAUGCAGCGUCAGCUCGUCCGCUGCCUUUGCUUCUCGCAAAGCGUGAAGUUCCGCAAGAGCACAGUCAUGAAAAGUUCCUGACCUCUGUGCGCACCAGCUUGAACAAGAACAACCCAGACCAGAUUGUUGACCCUGUCUUCGCACUACUGGGUAAUGCAGCUGCUACGCAAGGUCUGGGCAAGAUCACCGAUCCCGACUGCUUACAACAAGCAGCUGCUGACCAGGCUUUCACGAAUGCAAAGGCUGACGGUGACGUUCAGGGUAUGGUCGACGCACUGAUUUUCCGCGCACUUGAACGUAAUUCCGCAUCUGUUGGCGCAACGACCAAUGCCUGCACAUCCAUCCAAGCUGUAAACCCAGAGAUUGCGGCAAUCCAGCAACACCAGGACCCUGCGUCCGACGGCGCCGCUGCGACGAACAAAGCCAUUGUACUUGAACUCGCCAAGCAGAUAGCAUCUGUUGGUGGAAAUCCUCUCGAUGCACUUCAGUCAGGUACUUUUGCACCAGGCACGAUUGGUGACCCGACUGCGAAGGGCAACUCGUGCGACGAUGCGAAUGAUCCAGUGGGCUGCAUCUUCACCCAGAACUUGCUUGUGGACGACGCGACUGAGGAUGAGAUUAACGCAGUAUGUGCACUAAUUUAA